AUGGAUCCAGAAAUGGAAAUGGAGAUUGCAGAAGAAACGAUGGAUAAUCCAGAGGAAGCAAUGGAGGUUCCAAUGGAAACAACAGAAGUUGGGAUGGAGGUUCCAGAAGAAAAAUUGGAAGAAAAAAUAGAGGAAAAAAUUGAAAAAGAGAUUCACAAACAGACAGCACCACCAGUCAAAGCCAAGAAGACAUGGAGCCGUAAAAGGAUCGCCAUUGAUGCAGACUGUCCAAUCGACAAAAAAACAAUGAGGGAUAAGAUUCAGGAGGCCAGAGCUGCUCAAUUACAAGAAGAACUUGAUAAAUACAAAAAGAAAAGGGAAGAAGAGUUGCUCGCCGAGGAGAAGAGGAAAGAACUGUUGGCGAAUCUUGCAGAAGGAAAAGUUGAAGAUCAGGAAUUCAAACAGAGGAAGGGGAGGGCCACCAAAGCGCCGAUUCCGACAGAGAUGAGCACUGACCCGGCAAUCGCACGUCUUCAAUGCAAAAAAUGUUUUGCAUGUUUUAAAUCAAAAGACAAACUUAGACGCCAUAAAAGAUCCCACCAACAGAAUGCGGAGGUCGAAUGCAACUUAUGUGGUGCCCAAAUAAAAUACCGCUACAAUCUUCGCCAGCAUCUUGAGAAAUGCGUUCAGAAGCAAGUGUUGCAAGAUGAGUUACCGCUUCUCGAGGCAAAUUAUCCGGACUUUGUGGCUAAGAUGAAUGCAGCCAUGGAGGACCCAGGAUUGGAUUUGCCGCCAAUUCCAUCAUGCUUCAAGAUGGACAAGCAUGGAUUUGUCACUGGAUGGGAUCCAAAUCUGAAGGUGGAUCUGGCCGCAGUGAUUCCGAAUUAUAAUAAGAACUACAAGCCGAGGAUCGUCAUGGAGGACUCUUCCGACUCUGAGGACGAAUAG